CCCGAGGAGGAGCGGAAGGUUCGGGCGGCGGAAAGUGUCUGUGAGACAAGGUCAUCAGAAGGGAACAGUUUUCAGACAGGAAUCUCAAACCAAACAUCACGAGGACUGACAGAAUUCAUCAGGAUCUGAAUAUAAUCAAGCCUGUAAUUUGAAAAACAAUUAUUUAAUCUGUUUUGUCAGCUUAAAACAUCAGCAGGACUGGGACAGCACUACAUCUGAGUUAAAGUAUUCCAGUGCACUGCUUUAACCAGUUACACAGCAUGAUUGAGAAUGUUCCAAUGAACUCAUUGUGGGAAAAGCUUUAACCAGUUACGCAUCCUGGAAAAAAACAUUGUACUGUUCACAUCAUUGACUGAACAAGUGUCCUAUGUGAACAAGGCUUUGAUUGGCUUCUGUCCAAGCCAGAGAGAUUCAAAGACUUAAGUUCAUCCACACUAUGGAGAAACCAUGGAAAUGUAGAGUCUGUGGGAAGGGAUUUUCUACACCAUCUGCACUGGAAACUCAUCAACGCAGUCACACGGGGGAAAGGCCAUUCACCUGCUCUGAGUGUGGAAAGGCAUUCACUCAGUCAUCUUCCCUUCUGAAACACAGGCAAGUUCACACUGGGGAGAGACCAUUCACAUGUUCGGAGUGUGGGAAGAGAUUUAGUAAUUCAUCUCACCUGCUGACACACCAGAGGGUUCAUACUGGAGAAAGGCCAUUCAUCUGCUCUGAGUGUGGGAAGGCAUUCACUCAGUCAUCCAACUUGCUGAUGCAUCAGCGGGUUCACACUGGGGAGAGACCAUUCACUUGCUGUGAGUGUGGGAAGGGAUUCAGUGACUCAUCUGCCCUGCUGACUCACCAGCAUAUUCACACUGGAGAGAGGCCAUUCAUAUGCUCUGAGUGUGGGAAGGGAUUCACUCAGUCAUCCAAUCUGCUGACACACCAGCGGGUUCACACUGGGGAGAGACCGUUCACAUGUUCUGAAUGUGGGAAGGGAUUCACUCAGUUAGCUCACCUGCUGACACACCAGCAUGUACACAGUGGGAAGAGGCCAUUCACCUGUCCAGUGUGUGGAAAGGGGUUCAUUCAGUCCUGCAACUUGGUGAUGCACCAGCGAGUUCACACUGGGGAGAGGCCAUCUAUCUGCUCUGAGUGUGGGAAGGCAUUCAGAGAUUCAUCCACUCUGCUGACUCAUCAGCGAAUUCACACUGGGGAGAGGCCAUUCAUCUGCUCUGUUUGUGGGAAGGGAUUCAGUCAAUCAACCAGUCUGCAGAGACACUGGCGAGUUCACACCAGGGAGAAACUGUUUACCUGCUCUGAGUGUGGGAACGGAUUCUCUCAUUUAUCUAGCCUGCUGAGACACCAGCGAGUUCACGAAUGAUUACAGGGAGUGGAUUCUGAUGAAGCUGUUAAUCACAUCUGGGAUUGAACCAUGUUCAUUCUGACAGUGAGUGAAGCGAGAGACUCAAAGGAUUUCCUUCAGCUGGACUUCAGUAAGAUUGGUCUUACUGCUUUACUUCUACUGGGGCUAUUUGAGUUGGGGGUGCACCUUUCCACUGAACUGAUUCGCAAAAGCUGAAGAACUACAUGCAUUUUGUCCUGGAGAUAAAAUAGUGUUUUUGCAAUCUCUACAAGUAAAUAUAGACUUUUGUCCCUGAGUUAUUGACUUUGCAAUUUGGGGUCAGGCCAGUCUAGUCAGCUCCUUUGGUCUAUGUCAGUAUUUAUGUUCCACCUGAGUCUCCAGGAACACAUUCCCAUCAGCAUAUCUAUCUAUUCCUUUCUCCCUCAUGUACAGGGUGUUCUGGUAUAAUGUGACAGUUGCGUUCCUCUGCAGCCUCGUGCUAUAGAAGAUCACAUUACAGAAAAUCACAUUGUAGAAGUAUGUUAUAGAAAAUCACUAUAUCCGCUCAAACAGCAUCCACAAUUCGUUGAUUGCAUUAUAGCCAAUUCAUGCUGAUGCAACAUGCAUUAUACCAGAAUGACCUGUAUCUAGCUUCAGCUAUAAUGUGCUAAUUGUAUUCAAUGUCACUACUGGCUGAUCAGCAAUAUCCACAUUCCCACCACUCACUGCGAAAGAGACUUUUUCUCUCAAAUUUCCUACUGUACUCAUUUAUAAUCUUAAACACUGCCAUCAAGACACCUGUCAAUCUUCUCUUUUCUCGAGACAUAUGUCCCAGUCUAUUCAACUUUUCUUGAGUUGCAUGUUAAUGCACUCAAUUAAUGCGAAUCAGUGUUGCACCUUCUUCAAUGUCUGUUUUCUUUUUCUCAGUUCGGCUCUUACAAAUGUAGAUAGUACUCCAUGUGUAGGCUAAAAUGUAGUUAAGACCAAUGAGACACAGAAGCUGAAGUGGGAUAAUCAAAUCUGGGAUCAUCAAGUGUAAUCGGGGGUAAUCUGAUAAUCCGGAACUCCAUUUUCCUGCCUCUACUUUCCUCCCUUUAACCCUCGAUUCCCUUACUGAUUAAAAAUCUGUGCAUCUCAGUCUUGAAUAUACCUAAUGACCCAGCCUCAAUAGCCCUCUGCAGUAAAGAAUUCCACAGAUUCACUGAGCUCUGAGAAGAAGUUCCUCCUCUUUCUUAAAUACAUGACACCCUAUUAUGUCCCCUAGUCCUAAACUCUCCCACAAGGGAAACUACUUUCCCAUACCCGCCCUGUCCAGCCUUCUACAUAAAUUGUCUAUUUCAAUAAGAUUGCCUCUCAUGCAUCUAAUGAAAUGUUUGCUGAUGCCAUUCAGAAUUGCUGACUGCACAUAUUCACCUC